AUGGCAAUGCCAAACAAGAACAAGAACCACAGUUCACCAGUUCCUCUAAUUUGUGUCAACCAAUUGCUCAGCACUGAAGUCACUUUAUCGGUCAUGUCGACGCUAUUUCGCAUGUUCCGAUCAAUGUCAUUGAAACCACCAACCUCCCUCCUCGAACCACUUUCUCACGACCACUGUCUCGAUGGUGGCCGAGCAGCUGUAAAAGCAUAUUGGGAAAGAUCUCAGCAACUAGAACAGGAGAUUGUGAAGCUUGAUGAGUGGCUUAACACUAAGAAAAUGCUUAGGGAUAGUAUUAACAGUUUGCAGAAAAUUGAAAGAAGCAGAAAAUAUUGUGUAAGGAAUGGGGCUGAUGGUGCUCGAAAGUAA